AUGUUCUCGAUUUUGACGCGCGGCGUCGCCGCGUUCGUCGCAAGCGUCAGUGGCGGUGGCGGAGCACAACAACAGCAGGAUGCGACAGGGGCGGAAGAUGCGGGCCGGGGCGGAAGCGCCGCCAGUAACCGGAGGACGUCGAGUGUGAGAAGUGAGUUGGGAGGCGGGAAAAUUUGAAUUUUGAAUUUUCAAAUUUGCCACGUGGAUUUUCAACCCGAAAUUUUGAAUUUUGUUGAAAAUUGCAAUUUUUUGAUACCCAAUAAGCCAUGGGAAAAACUAGAAAUUUUGAAUUUUGCCACGUGGAAUUUUUGGUGGGAAAAAUUAGAAUUUGAAAAAUUUGGAAUAAAAAAAUCAUUUUCAAAUUUGAAAAAAAUUUUUGUUGCUGUAGAAUUUCAAAAAAAAAAAUAAUGUGCUAGAAUUGUGCCACGUGGAUUUUUAACCCGAAAUUUUGAAUUUUUCGGAAAAUUUGCAAUUUUUUGACACCCAAUUGGCCUUGGAGCAUGAAAAUUUGAAUUUUGAAUUUUGCCACGUGGAAUUUUUGGUGGGAAAAAUUUGUAAUUUUGGCGGGGAAAAAAAUGAUUUUCAAAGUUUUUGUUACAUUUUUGUAGCUUAAAAUUAUGCCACGUGGCAUUUUUAGCAGCAAAAAAUUCAAAUUUUUUCCAAAUUUCCACUCAAAAAUCCGUAAUUUCCCUCAAAUUCCUCAAUAUUUUUUCGCAAAAAAUUCGAAAAAUCGUCAGAAGAACUACAAAAAACAAUCCAAAUUUUGUCCUCGUGAAAAUACAAAAAAUUUUUGUAGUCGCUUUUCGUCAAUAAAAUGGCGUGACGCGAUUUUUUCGCGCGCGCGCAAAAAAAUUUGAUUCAAAUUUAAUUAAUUAAUUAGCUAAUCCUUAUGUUUUCCCCUUAUUUUUUAAAUGAAAAAGUAUAGGAAAAAUUCCAAUUUUCCAGAAAUUUCUGAUUAAUAUGAGCAAUCGCUGAAUUUUUGAGCUGAAAAUUGUUAAGCCACGCCCACAAAACCAUGCCGCAGCUAGAAAUUCAUAAUUUUUCAUAGGAAAACCUAAGCCACGCCCUUAAAACCAUGCCGCACCCUCUUUUUUUUCAUUUCAAAUUUGAAUUGGCUCCUCUUCUGUCAAAUGUGUCUCAUUGAAUUUUAUGAGAUUUUUUUUGCUCGCCGAGCCCCCGAUUUUUCAAAUUUCCUCCUUCUCCCGAUUUUUUUUUGACCCAGCUCCGAAAUUUUCCAAUUUCCCCCCAAACACAUUUUUUUGGCUGGUUGGCUCUCAUUAUUUGCUCCCAGAAAGUGUCAAAUUUCAACAAAGUUGUUGUUUUCUUCGGCUGUUUUAAGGGGAAAAUUUCGGAUUUUUUGAGUUUAGGAUGAGCAAUGCCCAGAUUUUUGCUUAGAAUUUGAGAUUUCAAUGGCUUUUUGGGCUUAAAAUGAGCAAUUGAUCAAUUUUUGCUGAAAAUUUGAAUUUUUGAAGGCUUUUUGGGCUUUAAUUUGAGCAAUGCCCAAAUUUUUGCUGAAAAUUUGGAUUUUAGAAGGUUUCUAGGAGUUUAAGAUCAGCAGUGCCCAGAUUUUUGCUUAGAAUUUGAAAUUUCAGAGGUUUUUUGGGCUUAACAUGAAAAAUCUAUCGAUUUUAGGAUGUUUCAAAAUUUAAUAUGAGCAAUUGAUUAAUUUUUACUUAAAAAAUGGAUUUUUGAAGUUAACUGGGGCUUUAAUAUGAGCAUGACCCAGAUUUUUUCUUAGAAUUCAAGAUUUCAAAGGUUUUUUGGGCUUAAUAUGAGAAAUUGAUUAAUUUUUGCUGAAAAUUUGAAUUUUUAAAGUUUUUUGAAAGUUUAAUAUGAGCAAUCGGUGAAUUUCAGCUGAAAUUUGCGAUUUUUAAAGGUUUCUGAGAGUUUGAUAUGAGCAAUAUAUUUGUUUUUGGCUGAAAAUUUGAAUUUUUGAAGUUUAAUAUGAGCAAUUGAUUGAUUUUGGCUGAAAAUUUGGUUUUUUGAAGGUUACUAGGAGUUUAAAAUGAGCAAUCUAUUGAUUUUGGCUGAAAUUUGAAUUUUCAAACGCUUUUUAUAGUUUAAUGUGAGCAAUGCCCAAAUUUUUGCUGAAAAUUUGGUUUUUUAAAGGUUUCUGAGAGUUUUGUAUGAGCUAUCUAUCGAUCUUAGACUUUAAUAUGAGCAAUCCUCAGAUUUUUGCUGAAAAUUUGGAUUUUUGAAGGUUUCUGAGAGUUUAAUAUGAGUAAUCCCUUAAUUUUGCCUGAAAAUUUGGAUCUCACUGUUAUUUAGACUCUAAUAUGAGCAAUCCCUCAACUUUUCUCUAGGCCACGCCCACAAACUUAAAAAUGCGGCAUGAUUUUGUAGGCGUGGCCUAAUAAAGUUGGGGUGGGGGGAUUACUUGUUUUGCACUGCAUUUCAGCACAAAAGGCAGAAAUUUCUCGUCGUUUUCUCUGCCGCCCUCCAUUUUUUUAACACUCUCUCGCGCUUCAAAAUGAAGAGCAGUUUUUCUUCUUCACUCCUAAUCCUUGCCUAUUCUUCCUAUUCUGGGGUUUUUUUGAGUUGCUUCAUCAUUUUUUUUCGAAAUUAGUAGUUUUUGUGAGAUUUUCUGGGUUUUGGAGCGAAAAAUUUGCGAUUUUUGGAGCCAAAUUUGAAAAUUUUGGAUUUUUUGACACCUAAAAAGUUUGGGAAGCUGGAAAAAAUUUGAAUUUGAAUUUUUUUGCGCGAAAAAUUUCCCACAUCAUGUUGGGUGUCAAAAAAUCGCAAAUUUUCGAGAAAUUUAAAAUUUCGCGUUAAAAAUCCACGUGGCAAAUUUGAAAAUUCAAAUUUUUUGUUCCGACUUUCGAAUUUUCAGAAAAAUUUGCGAUUUUUUGACACCCAACAAGCUUGGGAAGCGAAAAAAAUUUGAAUUGGAUUUUUUCGCUCCAAAAAGUUCCCCCCAGCUUAUUGGGUGUCAAAAAAUCGCAAAUUACCUAGAUUUUCAUGUCAAUCUGGCAGGUUAAACAGCGUUGGCAGCGGUUAGUCGCAAGUUCGAACCCCAGCGCGCGCAAAAUUUUUUUUGUUGAAAUUUCAAAAAUCCCUCAUUUUUCUUGUCAUCUACCCUCGUGAAAAAGUAAUAUGGCUGAAAAAUUAGCCUAAUUUUUUUUUGCGAUGACUGCACUUUUUUUCAGAGUGAGAAAAAUUAGAUGAUUUUCUCAUUUCUCUCCAUUUUUUGAAUCAUUUUUCCUCGGGGAAUGCGGUUUUCUGAUUAAUUUUCCAAUUUUUCUAUUUUUUUAGUGGUUUUGGAGGCGGAAGUCGCGAAAAUUUAACGCGAAUCCCGAAUUUUCGGAAUCCUCAAGAAAUUUGCAAUUUUUUGACACCCAAUAAGCUGGGGAAAACUAGAAAAUUUGAAUUUUGAAAUUUGAAAUUUGCCACGUGGAUUUUUAACCUGAAAUUUUGAAUUUUUUCAGAAAAUUUGCGAUUUUUUGACACCCAAUAAGCCUUGGAGAAAAUAAGUUUGAAUUUUGAAUGUUUAAAUUUGCCACGUGGAUUUUCAAGCUGAAAUUUUGAAUUUUUCAGAAAAUUUGCAAUUUUUUGACACCCAAUAAGCCUUGGAGAAAAUAAGUUUGAAUUUUGAAUUUUUAAAUUUGCCACGUGGAAUUUUCAGAUUUGAGUUGAAAAAAUCGAUUUUUUUAGCUGAAAUUUCCCCAAAAAUUCAUAAUUUUUCCAAAAAUUCAUAAUUUUUGAGUGAAAAUCAUUGCUCAGAUUAGAGUUUUCAGAAAAUUUGAAAAAUUUUGAAAUCAAACAAUACAAGAAAAAUCAUUGCUCAUGUUAAAGUUUUUUUUUCAAAUUUUCAACCAAAAAUCAAUUAGAGCUGAAAUUCCCCCAAAAACUCAUAAUUUUUGGGUAAAAAUCAUUGCUCAGAUUAGAGUUUUCAAAAAAAAAAAAUAAAUUUCGAAACCAAACAAUCCGAAAAAAAAAUUUUUUGUUGAAAAAUUGUAGAUCAAAAAUUUUUUUCGCGCGAAAAUUUGAAUUAUUGAUUUUUUUGUAGACAUUUCAAAAAUUUUCUAGUUUUCUCAAAUUUUUCCAAUUUUUGCAGGUAUGAAUAGGCAACAAGGAGCACAACAACAACAAAAUGCUCAAUUCCAAAUCGAGCACCAAAAUCUGGAUCCGCAGGAAUUGAUGCAAUAUCUUAUGGAGAAUUUUGUGCCAAAUGAGCCGAUUUUGGCGAGUUUAGCCAUUCGAGAAGUGUGAGUUUUUGGGCUGAAAAUCGAUUUUUCAACCUGAAAUUUCCCCAAAAAUCAAUAAUUUUUAAUAAAAAUCAUUACUCAGGUUAGGAAUUUCAAAAAAAUCCGAUUUUUUUGAAAUCAAACAACCCAAGAAAAAUUAUUGCUCAUGUUAUCAUUAGGUUCAUUUUCCAUUAGCGAUUUUCCCGGUGGCGAAAUAUUGACGUGUUCUUUUUCGGAUUCUCUAGGCGCAGGAUUUCUAGCUUUUAAUACUUGACGUCGUACAAUACACAUUAGAACAUUUUUUAGAAAAUGAAAAGAAAAUGAAAUGUUAAAGUUUUUGAGCUGAAAUUACUCCAAAAAUCGAUAUUUUUGGUUAAAAAGCAUUGCUCAGGUUAGAAUUUUCAAAAAAAUUUCGAUUUUUUAAAACCACGCUAUCACAGAAAUAUUAUUGCUCAUGUUAAAAAAUUCAAUUUUUCUGAAAACUCAUUGCUCAGGUUAGAAUUUUCAAAAAAUCCGAUUUUUUUUUGAAAUCAAACAACCCAAGAAAAAUUAUUGCUCAUGUUAAAGUUUUUGAGCUGAAAUUACCCCAAAAAUCAAUAAUUCUCAAUAAAAAUCAUUGCUCAGGUUAGAAAUUUCAGAAAAAUUCGAUUUUUUUGAAAUUAAACAACCCAAGAAAAAUUAUUGCUCAUGUUAGAAAAAAUUCAACUUUUUGUUUGAAAAAUCAUUGCUCAUGUUAAAUUUAUCAUAAAAAUUCCAAAAAUAUCAGAUUUUUUGCCAUAAAAAAUUCGAAUUGCUCAUAUUAGUUUCGAUUUGGGAAAAACAUUGCUCAUGUUAAUUUACUAUCAAAAAACGUGGAAUUUUCAGCCCUCUCUCAAUUUUUGAGCUGAAAUUUCCCCAAAAAUCAAUUAUUUUUGGUUAAAAAUCAUUGCUCAGGUUAGAAAUUGCUGAAAAUUUCGAUUUUUUUGAUCUCAAACAACCCAAGAAAAAUCAUUGCUCAUGUUAAAGUUAAUAUCCCCAAAAUCGCAAAAUUUUCAGCGAAGGCCUAAAACAAAUGUUAUCGGACCUAGUGCAAGAUUCAAUGCAAUGCUCAUCAACAUGUAUAAUUCGCUGCCCGCGAACUCGCCAAAUCGACGCCGUUUCGUUGGCUUGUAAAGCCUCGUUGUUUGAUACACAGGUCAGAUUUGAGCUUGCCAUGAAAUUUGGAGCACUUUGAUAUCCAUUUUCAUGGGUUUUAGAUUUAAUAACCUCAGGGACUUUAAGAUUGUUAGGUUCCUAAGAAUUUUCAUAGCAAAAUUUGGAUUCAGCGUAAAAUUUGCAGCUUUUUGAAACCCAUAUUUAUAGGGUUCAAUGAAAUUUUUAAACCUUAAUGAUCUUAGCUUCAAGUUGCUCCAAACCCUAUCAUGUUUGAGCUCAAAAUGCUCAAACUUCCAAGAAUUUCGUCAUUUCCGAAUUCUCCGUAAUAUUUGGAGCAUUUUGAUAGCCAUAUUCAUAGGGUUUAUUGAAGUUUAUACCUUAGUGACCUUAAUAACCUUAACCUCAAAGUGCUCCAAAAGUUAUCAUAUUUGAGCUCGAAAUACUCAGAAUAUCAUGAGGAAUGUUCGAAAAUUAUUAGUUUUCUUCUAAACCCUAACCUUAAGCGCUAAUUAACAACCUUAAGUUCCAUAUUUUCAUUGUUCACUAAACUACACCUUGUUUGGGCUCAAAAUGCUCCGAAUUUCGAAAAUUUCCUCAUUUUCAGAUUCUCUGUAAAAUUUGGAGCAUUUUGAGCCCCAUAUUGAUAGAGUUUAAUGAACUUUAUACCUUAGUGACCUUAAUGACCUUAACAUCAAAAUGCUCCAAACCCUAUCAUGUUUGGGCUCAAAAUACUCAGAACAUCAUGUGGAAUCUGAGAAAAUGAUUAGUUUUCUUCUAAACCCUAACGUUAAGCCUAAUUAACGACCUUAAGGUUCCAAUUUUCAUUUUUCACUAAACUACACCUUGUUUGGGCUCAAAAUGCUCCGAAUUCUACGUGGAUUCCAAAAAAAUCGAUAAUUUUACAGAUCGAUCGCCUUUGUAGCUAUGUUUUCGACGAUGAACAAGUGGCGACAGCUUGCGAAUUUCUCAAAUACGUUUUCAAUCGUCUCGACAUCACCUAUCAUUUCGAAGAGAACCGCAUCAGAAAUCCGAUUUUCAUCGCUUUGGUUUCGGUUCGCCGCGAAAAAUGGAGACAGGGAUUGGGAGCCGCUGUUGUUGAAUCCAGGUAGCGAAAAAGUCGCGCGCGCGACAAAAUCGCAACACAUUUUUGCAGCAUCGAAGCCGCCCGCAAUGAUCGUUGUGAUGGAGCAUUGAGUUUGGCGAGCAAUUCGGUCGCUUGUCGAUUGAUUACCAGAAGAUUUCCGAUUACGGUAGGGCUUUUUUGGGGUGCCACGUGGAAUUUGGAGCAUUUUGAGCCCGAAUAUGAUAGGGUUUGGAGCAUUUUGAGCUUAAUCACCUUAAGGUUGUUAAGCCUCCAAACGCUAUAAAUGUGGAGCUCAAAAUGCUCCAAAUUUCAUGGAGAAUUCAAAAAUCAGGAAAUUCUUGGAAUUUGGAGCGUUUUGAGCCCAAAUAUGAUAGGUUUUGGAGCAUUUUGAAGUUAAGGUCACUAAGGUUUAAAAAUUUCAUUAAACUCUAUAAAUAUGGGGCUCAAAAUGCUCCAAAUUUCACGGAGAAUUCGAAAAUCCCGAAAUUCUGAGCAUUUUGAGCCCAAACGAGGUGUAGUUUAGUGAAAAAUGAAAAUUAGGAACUUAAUGUUGUUAAUUAGGGCUUAAGGUUAAGGUUUAGAAGAAAACUAAUGAUUUUCUAACAUUCCACAUGAUAUUCUGAGUAUUUCGAGCCCAAAUAUGAUAACAUUUGGAGCAACUUGAAGUUAAGGUCAUUAAGGUCAUUAAGGUUAAAACAUUUCAUUAAACUCUAUCAAUAUGAGGCUCAAAAUGCUCUAAAUUUCACGGAGAUUUCGAAAAAAUGCUUCAAAUUCAUGGUUUUGUGCUCAAAAUGCUCCAAACUUCGCAAAAAAGCUGACAAUUCUUUCCAGAUUCAAUCAAUCCGCUACGACACAUUCCGCGGAAGCCACCGCAAUCCUCCAAUCGUAAUGCCACGCGAAGAAACGCAACGUUGUCUCUACGUCAUGUUGGCUCGUUUCUGA